UUUAAAUUGAAUUUCUUAACAUGGAACAAAGUGCUAGUUUAUAUAACGAUUGGAACAACUAUGACUACUUAUCUUAUCUUGACUCAAGAGAAUAUAUCACAGAAGUCCAAGACCCAAACCAGGCUCUUAAUUUGGGGUUUUAUAUACCAUUUGAAAUUAAUUCGGUAUUUGAGUACUAUGGAGUUGAUCUCUCUAUAAUCUAUGCUGCAUUAAACUCUUUCAAAAGCAUCUCUCAGGACUCUCUGAGCAUUCAUGAUGAACCUUUUGACUAUAAGAAAAUAGUUCAGAUAAAGAGAACUCCAGAGCUUGUGUCGCCAGCCAAACACACUGAUGAAAAUGAAUCCAAAGAGAAAGGAGAAACAAAUAUUCAAAUUAAGAGAGAACAGCCAAGAUCGGCCUGGAAAACUGAUGUCAAAGAUACUUCCUCAAGAGUUCAACAAAAUUGUGUUUGGAGAAAGAAACAUCACAAGUUCAGACAAUCUAAAAGAAAUUACUACCAUGGGUAUAGAAGAAAGAAUUAUGGGCAGAAAUAUUCCAACGAUUGGUAUUAGAGCUUAGAGAUUGAUUACUCUCUUAAGAUAAGAUUUGUAGUUUGUUUUCUUAAAUUUCUGACUGUUAAAAACAGCUGGAAUAAGAAAGCAUUAAAAAAUAAUAAAAACAAAACAAUUUUCA